AUGGGCCGGCAUAACAGACGUCGCACCCGUCCUCGUUCUCGCAACCGAUCUAUAACAUUUCAACCUGACCCGGCAUCCAUUCGGACACCUCAGAACGCCUUCUGUGAGCCUGUGUCUAUCGAAAACUCUCCAUGCACUUCAUGUGGCUCACCAGCUGUAGCCCCCGCCCCGAUAUGGCACUUUGGGUAUACAGCAUGGCAGACCCGUGAACGCCCAACGGGGCUGGGAGCAGGCCAAGAUGAACAAUAUCGUCUGUUCGGCGGAGAGCCGGGUGAUGACAUGAGUCUCUGUGAUCGUAUGCUCGAGUAUUUCGGCGGACUUGACUAUAUCGACUCCCCAAGUGGCCAUGCCCUUGGAGAUUGA